AUGACCGACGUACUGAACAUUGACGCGCAAAUCGCGUCGGAAUUGAGAAAAGCGGCCAAAGAGUGCUCAGAUCGAGGAUUGUCGGUCGCAGGCAAGUGGGCGUCGGAGCUCCUCUUGUCAAUGCCGACAGCCAAACGGAGGCCUACGCAGCUUUCUCCAUCUGCAUCCGCCUUCUCCACAUCUACACCUGCCCGACCCCGGUCUCAAGACCCCUCGAUGUCUUUCACGGAAGAGUCCCCAGUUGCAACACAAGCUCUUACACAACCCACAGUCCCCAUCACCCCGGCGCGUAACCCGCAUGCUCCAAUGCUACAAGUUCAGCCUGAAGACAUUCUUGCGAUGGAGGCAGACUUGGAAUAUCAAGAAGCGGAUGUACUCGCCGCAGCUCGAUUAUGCUUUGAAAAUAGAGAAUUUCAAAGGGCUUCGCAUAUGCUACAGACAUGUAGAAGUUCCAAAGCUAUGUUCUUGAAAAUCUACAGUCAAUUUAUCGCUAGCGAGAAGAAGGCUCAUCGUGACUGGCAUAAACUAGACAACAAUCGGCAUCAACCGCCAGUCCCAGUAAAUACAUCGUUGAACGAUCUUCUAGAGGAGGUGAAGAAUGCAACGGACCCCUGGUUGCUCUUCUUAAAGGCGCUAUUUCUCUCGCGUUCGUCGAGGAGAGAAGAAGCGAUUGAGAGUGCCCUCCUUUCCAUUGCCGGUUUCCCCUGGAAUUGGUCAACAUGGACGCUCCUCGGCAGUUGUAUUGGGGAUGGUGAAGAACUAUCGUCUCUUCUACAGCUUAUGCCAUUGCCUCUGACACAUCCUCUGGUACAAUUUUUCCAAAUCAAGACGCUGAAUGAAUUGCACAAUCCCUCGGAGAACGAACUUCAGCUAUGUGAUCGACUCCUACGACCAGAAUUCUUCCCGAACAGCCUCUGGGUUAUGAGCUUACGAGCUUGUGUCCUUUAUCAUCUCCAUGAUUUCGGUCAAGCAGAAAAUCAAUUUGAGAGAAUCUUGGCAAUCGAUCAGUACAGAGUUGACGACAUUGACAUCUUCUCCAACAUUCUCUACGUCACAGAAAAUAAGCUCAAAUUAUCAAGGCUUGCACACGAGUUUCUUGCCCUGGAUAAAGAUCGUCCGGAGGUGUGCUGCCUUGUUGGCAAUCAUUAUUCUCUUCGUGCCGAGCAUGAGAAAGCUGUCAAGUAUUUCCGAAGAGCCACCCAGCUUGAUCGGACGUAUCUUUCGGCGUGGACUCUUAUGGGCCACGAGUACGUCGAAAUGAAAAACUCACAUGCCGCCAUUGAGGCCUACAGGCGCGCUGUAGACGUAAACAGGAAAGACUACAGAGCUUGGUAUGGACUUGGUCAAGCAUAUGAACUCUUGAGUAUGCAUCAUUACGCUCUUCAUUACUAUCAACAUGCCACUGCUCUUCGUCCGUAUGAUGUUCGUUUGUGGCAGGCGCAGGGAAUGUGUUACGAAGAAAUUGGACGCCUUCGCGAGUCCGUGGAAUGUUAUAAGCGAGCGUUGAUCCCAGCAGACCCACAUGAAAUAACUAUCAAUCUCAAACUAGCGCGACUCCAUCGCUCCCUUGAUGAGCAUGCCGAGGCAGUGGCAUACCAUCGCCGCGUGGUGGAGGUCUGUCAAGCUGAUCUUCGACCCAUACAGGAUUACGCUAAAUCAAGUUUGGAAGUUGCUGAGUACCACAUGCGCACCGCUGGUGGCGACCUCAUGCUCGCCAAAGAGUAUUUGGAGAGAGUUGCGGGAAGUAAUGCGGAAGAUGUUGGCCGUGCAGCAGAGUUGCUCAAAGAUGUGAAGGCUCGUAUGUUGGAGAUGGCUUAUUCGGCGCUUGAGGAGGCGCGCAGUAAGAAUGCGGCUGUAGUUCCUGGGUCAGAUUCAGCAGGUGUAGAAAUGGCGACUGAUCCUUAG